AUGGCGUCCUACGACAAGACCAUGGCGACAGCGGCCUCCCUCGCCGCAUCCCUGAUGCUGGUGCGGGGCCUCGCGAACGAGCUGCUGCCGUCCGAGGUGCGGGAGGCGCUCUCCGCGGCCCUCAACAGCCUGCGGUCGCGCCUGACGUGGCAGCACACCAUCGUGAUCGAGGAGAAAGAGGGGUGGUCCUACAACAACGUCUACAGCGCUGUCAAGGCCUACCUCGCAACGCGCGUCGGAGCCGGCGCCAACAUCGGCAUGCAGCGCCUGCGGGUCAGCAGCACCGAGAGCGAGGCCGAGAAGAUGGUCGUCAGCAUGGAGGCAGGAGAGGAGAUGCCCGACGUGUACGAAGGGGCAGAGUUUAGGUGGUAUCUCGUGACUCGCGAGGUGAAGGGAGACCCGGACAGUGGCACCGGAGCGCGUGAGGUCAGGUCAUACGAGGUGAGUUUCCACAAGAGGCACAAGGAAAAGGCGCUCAAGGAGUAUCUCCCGUUCAUCGUCGCCACGGCCAAGGCCAUAUGGGACGGGGAGAGGAGCUUGAGUAUUUACAUGAACCAGUACUCGGAUGAGUGGAACCCCAUGGAGCUCCAGCACCCGUCCACAUUCGAGACGCUUGCCAUGGACCAGAAGCAGAAGCAGUCCAUCAUCGAUGACCUUGACAGGUUCAUAAAGAGGAAAGACUACUACAGGAGGAUCGGUAAGGCGUGGAAGCGAGGGUACCUGUUGUACGGUCCGCCUGGUACCGGCAAGUCCAGCCUCAUCGCCGCCAUAGCCAACCACCUCAGGUUCGACAUAUACGACCUUGAGUUGACUGGAGUCGAAUCCAACUCGGACCUCAAGAAGCUUCUUAUCGCCAUGAACAACAGAUCCAUUCUCGUAGUCGAAGAUGUCGACUGUACCAUCGAGCUGAAGCAGCGGGAGGAACAUGAUGAAGAAGAGGAACAUGCCAAGUCCAAUUCGACAGGAAAGAAGUCAGAAGAAAAGGUGACGUUAUCCGGGCUGCUAAAUUUUGUUGAUGGCUUGUGGUCAACAAGUGGGGAGGAAAAAAUCAUCAUCUUCACGACCAAUUACAAGGAGCGUCUUGACCCAGCACUCUUGCGGCCCGGCAGGAUGGACAUGCACAUCCACAUGGGGUACUGCACCCUGGAGGCUUUCCGGAUCCUUGUCAACAACUACCAUGCCAUCGACUCCCAUGCCACAUAUCCAGAGAUCGAGGAGCUGAUCAAGGAGGUGAAUGUGACGCCUGCAGAGGUUGCGGAGGUUCUAAUGAGGAAUGACGACACUGAUGUUGCUCUCCAUGAUCUAGUUGAGCUCCUAAACUCUAAAAAGAAAGAUGUUACAGAGAUCAAGACUGAAAACAAACCGGCUAAUGAGAAGAAAGAUGCCGAUGUGAUCAAGACUGAAAGUAUGCUCGUGGACGAAAAGAAAGAUGGCAAUGAGAUCAAGACUGAAAGUGUGCAGGUAGAGGAGAAAAAAGAUGACAAAGAGGUUGUGUUGGAGAAUGAUUCCUUCACAAAGAUGGAAGCACUUAGGAGUGCGGAAGCUAACAGUGACCAGAGUGUGUGUACUAUAUAGAUAGGUCCUACAGGGGAUCCAUUGCAAAAUAUGUGAUCAUUUUGGGAGAUCCAUUGCAAAAUUGUGAUCAUUUUGACUACUAUAACAUUAGGUUUUUUCGAGCAAUCAGGCGCACCAUUACUAACCGGAGUGUGCUUCUAAAUAAUUCUGUAAGUACUGUUGCAACAAGAAGUUAUAUAUGUGAAUAUCCUGUAUAAGACAUUGGCAGUAGAGCCAACUACAAAAGAACCAACUUCAGCAA